ACAAGCGUGGCUGAAGAGUCGCAGGUUCGCUUCUGUUAACAUGGUGAAAUCUGGAAAAUUGCGUUCAGGAGCAGCGCAGAAAUUAAAGCGAUGGAAGAAAGGACACAGCAGUGAUUCCAACCCAGAGACCAGCAGAUACAGACAAGCUGCCAGAAGCCGGUUCUUUAGCCGCCCUAUAGAGAAAAGUGACCUUACAGUCGAUGCUCUAAAACUGCACAAUGAACUUCAGUCAGGUUCACUGGAUAGUUCCAGAGAUGUUGUGGAGGAUGCCAUGGAGGAGCCUACAGCUCUUUCUGAAAGAACAUCUGGCACAUUUCUGAGUGGUUUAUCUGACUGUUCUAACCUGACCUUUAGAAAAGUUCAGCGAUACUGGGAUUCCAACUCUGCUGAUCAUAAGGAGAUCUGUGCUGUACUGGCAGCUGUCACAGAAGUGAUUCGCUCUCAAGGAGGAAAGGAAACAGAUACUGAAUACUUUGCAGCCUUGAUGACGACUCUUGAGGCAGUAGAGAGCAGUGAUUCACUGGCUGCUGUUGCUUACCUCCUAAACCUGGCAAUGAAAAGAGUACCAGCUUCAGUGUUGAUAAAGAAGUUUUCAGACACAGCGAAGGCCUUUAUGGACGUCAUGUCAAAACAAGCCAGCGCUGACUCCGUGUCCUGUCUCAGAUGGAUUUUGUCCUGCAUGGCUACACUGCUGAGGAAGCAGGAUCUGUCAGUGUGGGGUUACCCGUCCACUCUGCAGGUCUACCACGGCCUGCUCAGCUUCACUGUUCACUCCAAACCAAAGGUGCGUAAAGCAGCUCAGCAGGGUAUUUGUGCCGUCCUGCGUGGCAGCGAGUGUAUGUUCACCGAUAACGCACCCAACCACCAUCCAGCUGCAGCCACCACAGCCAAGUACUGCAUUAAAGAAAUGGAGCAGGCAGGAGGUAACAAGGAGGACACGACCACACUGCAUGUUCUGGGACUUCUGAAAGAGCUGAUUACUACGUUUCCCCACAGCUCGGUAAAGUCUUGCUGUGAGACACUUCUGCGUCUGAUGACCCUGAGUCAUGUGUUAGUAACAGCAAGCGCCAUGCAGGCUUUUCACAAACUCUUCAGCAGCAAACCCAGCCCCUCAUCCAUGUCUGCAGAGCUAAAUGCACAGAUCAUCACGGCUUUGUAUGACUACAUCCCCAGUGAAAACGAUCUGCAGCCCUUGCUGGCGUGGCUUGCUGUGAUGGAGAAAGCACAUGUUCAUCUGUCCAGCUUACAGAGCUCUCUGAGUUUGGGUCAUCUGCCUCGCCUCUUCUCCACUGUUGUGUCCUGUCUCCUGUCCCCACAUUCACAGGUCAUCUCUGCUGCCACACAAACGCUGAAGACUCUGAUCAAUGAAUGUGUGGCACCUCAUAUGGCAGAGAUCGGCACUGUGCUACCCAGCACUUCUGCCGGUAAUGGGCUGUACGUCUGUAAGAUGUUCCACAUCGUGGAAGAGGGCUUAUCCUAUCGCUUCCAUGCGUCUUGGCCAUUCGUGCUUCAAAUCCUCUGCUGCUUCUACAAAGCUGCAGGGAAACGAGCUCAUCCUAUCAUGACCACGAGUCUGCAGUCUCUCAGUGACCUGAGAGCGACGCCACAGUUCCCGUUCUGUGGCCAGCUGGAUUUGGCUGUAGGUGCGGCAGUGGAGAGCAUGGGUCCACAGGUUGUCCUAAAUGCUGUUCCUCUCCUCAUCACUGGCACUGAUGAUGACCUGGAGUUUCCUCGCAGCUGGCUCAUCCCUGUCAUCAGAGACAAUGUCAAGAACACUCAGCUGGCCUACUUCACCUCUUACUUCCUUCCACUGGCAUCCACACUAAAACAGAGAGCUGGUGAAAUGGAGGCAGCAGGACAGAAGCUUGUUGCGAAAGUGUAUCAGACAUUACAGUUGCAGAUCUGGACCAUGCUUCCUGGGUUCUGCACUAAGCCCACUGACAUGGUCAGCUCCUUUAAGAGCAUUGCCCGCUCACUGGGUAUGGCAAUCACUGAGUGCCCUGACCUCCGAAUGUGCAUCUACCAAGCUUUGCGCACACUGAUUAACAAGAGCUGUGAGACAGAAGAGGAGAAGACUGAAGUGGGCCGCUUUUCUAAAAACUUCUUGCCCAUUUUGUUUAACGUGCACACCCAACAACCGACACCCGGAGACACAGACCCAUCCAGGCUGGCUGUUCUUGACACCAUUAGAGCUUAUCUUACUGUCACUGAUCAGAAGAUGGUUUGCUCAUUUUUGGAGAAAGCGCUGGAGAGGCUUAGCAGCCCUGACAGCUCUGAGUUUACACGACUUACUGUGAUGGAUUUGGUCGUAGCAAUGGCUGCGUUUGUGGAUGAGUCAACAAUGACGCAAACCUAUGAACAAAUCAAACCCCACUUAGAGAGUAAGGACUCUGGUAUUCAAAAGAAAACAUACCGAGUGCUGGAGGAAAUGUGUGGAGGAGACAGAGAGCCGUGUAAACGUUUUGUCCUGGCCAAUUUGGAAAGGCUUAAAGAGGUUCUACUGGACAGUCUGAGAAGCGCUUCCUCACCAGCUAAACGACCCAGACUGAAGUGUCUCAUUCACAUUGUGAAACAGCUGAAUGAGGAACACAAGGCCUUCAUCACUGCACUCCUCCCUGAGGUCAUUAUUUGUACAAAGGAAGUCUCUGUUGGAGCCCGCAAGAAUGCCUACUCCCUUCUGGUGGAAAUUGGCAGUGCCUUUGUCCGAUUUUGUGGCAACACCAAAGAUGCCAUAAAUGAGUACCUGGGUCACGUGUACGUCGGACUCACUGGAUCGGUGACGAUGAUCACCUGUACAGUGCUGGCACUCACCAGACUUGUGUUUCAGUAUAAAGACACUAUAGAUGUGUCAUCGCUGGAGCAGCUGCUGCAGAACAUUUGCCUGCUGCUCGGCUGCAGGACACGCGAGAUCGUCAAAGCCUGUAUAGCUUUCAUCAAAGUCAUCCUCUUCGCCCUGGAUGUAAAGGUUCUUGCCAGCCAUGUAACGGUCAUUAUGGAGGGCAUUGGUGCUAUGAAAGAAGAUAUGAGACGGCACUGCAGGACGAAGCUGAAGAGUGUUUUCACUAAAUUAAUCCGCAAGUUUGGGUUUGAGCUGGUGAAGAGCAUGUUGCCUGCAGAGCAUCACAAAGUUUUGGCAAACAUCCAUAAAGUGGAAGCCAGAACAAAGAGACGCAAGCUGCUGAACAAAGCUCAGGAGGACGAGGAAUCAGACAGCGAGGAAAACGCUGCUAAAGCCACGACUAACAGUAUUGAGGACAUCUUAGCAGACACGGACUCUGAAGACUCUGAUGAUGAGAAGCCUAAAAAAGGCCAAAAGAAGCAGGUUAAACAGAAGGCUCAGGCCUGGCUGAAGGAGGGCGUGUCUGAUGAACCACUUAACUUCCUCGAUCCUAAAGCAGCACAGAGAGUUCUUGCCACCAACCCUGACCUGAAAAAGACAUCCAAGGCAGAGCAUGGGUUCAAGGUGACAUCAGAUGGGCGGUUGAUCAUUAAGGAAGAUGAUAAUGAUGAUGACAAAUCUAAAGAUGGUGAAAUUGAUGACAUCCUGAAAGAGGCUGGAGUUAAAACUAAAAAGAACCAGAAGAGGAAAAUUAAAGAUGAUCUGGAUGACGAUAUGGAGAUUGAACCUCAAAUAAAGUACAAAGCUGGUGGCAUCGGGAUCCACAGACCUCUGGGUGGAAGAGAGGAGUCAGGGGCCAAUUAUAAAUCAAAGAAAGGAAAAGGUGAUAUUAAGAAGAAGGGUAAACAUGAUCCAUAUGCUUACAUCCCUCUCAAGAAGGACCAGCUGAACCGCAGGAAAAAGGCUAAACUGGAUGGCCAGUUCAAGGGCCUGGUGAGAGGAGCAAAGAAAGGAGCGUUGUUGGGAAAGAAAUUCAAAAGCAAAAGGAGAGCUUGAGGUGCAUUUAAAUGUGAAAUAUUACUGGAUGUGAAUGGACAGUUUAUAUGUGGACCUAAAGAAGGUUAUAGGCCUGGUCAUGUGUGCUUAUACUAAUGGACUGGAGAGAGGGGUGCACAGAUUUAUUACUGGUGCACCCAAGAAAGCUGUUUGACUUCAUAGAUUAUAUUUCUGAUUUCAGUCACUAUUAAACGUGUUGUUGAAGUUUUUCCUGA